AUGUCGUCGAAUUCCUUCAGAGGUGGAUCUUUUUACGGCGAUGCUGAUCCUUAUCGAUCAAGAGACGGACUAACCACCAGAACCGCCGCCGCUCCCUCCGAUGAAAUUCAGUUGCGUAUUGAUCCUGUCAUGGAAUUCGACGAUGAGAUCACCGGUCUUCGUGGUCAAGUUAGAAGAUUGAGAAAUGUUGCUGAAGAGAUAGGUACAGAAGUCAAGACAAAUAGAGAUUUUCUGGAACAGAUGCAAAUGACAAUGGCAAAAGCUCAAGCUGGGGUGAAGAAUAACUUAAGAAGAUUGAACAAGAGCAUCGUGCGCAAUGGUUCAAAUCACAUUGUUCAUGUGAUUGCUUUUGCAUUGAUCUGUUUCUUGAUUGUGUAUCUUUGGUCAAAGAUGUCUAGAAAAUAA